CCGCCGCCGGAGGAUGAAGCAGCAUGAGGAUGUGUGACAGAGGCGUCCAGAUGCUCGUCACCACGGUGGGAGCCUUCGCAGCCUUCAGCCUGAUGACCAUCGCAGUGGGCACCGACUACUGGCUCUACUCGCGCGGCGUGUGCAGGACUAAGUCCAUGAGCGACAACGACACGAGCCGCAAGAACGAGGAGGUGAUGACCCACUCGGGGCUCUGGAGGACGUGCUGCCUGGAAGGAACCUUCCGAGGAGUGUGCAAGAAAAUCGACCACUUCCCUGAGGAUGCAGACUACGAGCAAGACACGGCCGAGUACCUGCUCCGUGCAGUGAGAGCAUCCAGCAUCUUCCCCAUCCUCAGCGUGGGGCUGCUGUUCUUCGGGGGGCUGUGCGUGGCCGCCAGCGAGUUCUACAAGAGCAAACACAACGUCAUCCUCAGCGCCGGCAUCUUCUUCGUCUCUGCAGGUCUCAGCAACAUCAUCGGGAUCAUAGUCUACAUCUCGGCCAACGCGGGGGACCCGGGGCAGAGCGACUCCAAGAAGAGCUACUCCUAUGGCUGGUCCUUCUACUUCGGGGCGCUGUCCUUCAUCAUCGCCGAGAUGGUGGGGGUGAUCGCCGUGCACAUGUACAUCGAGAAGCACCGCCAGAUCCGCGCCAGGUCCCACUCGGAGCUGCUGAAGAGGUCGGCCUUCACCCGCCUGCCCCCCUACAGGUACCGCUUCCGCCGGCGGUCCAGCUCCCGCUCCACCGAGCCCCGCUCCCGGGACAUGUCGCCCAUCAGCAAAGGGUUCAGCACCAUCCCCUCCACCGACAUCUCCAUGUUCACCCUCUCCAGGGAUCCCUCCAAGGUUACCAUGGGGACGCUGCUCAACUCGGAGCGGGACCACGGUUUUUUACAGGUCCAUAACUCCAUCCCCAAAGAGUUCAAGGAGUCUUUGCACAACAACCCGGCCAACAGACGAACCACGCCGGUCUGAGGCGGGCUGGGCCGUGGGCAGGCUGCAUGGCAUCACCCUCGUGACGGUGUAACCUGUGAAACCCCGUUUUUAAGGACAAACCCGCAGGCUCCCCGGGCCCCUGCCCGUGGGGCUGGUUUUUCACUCCUGAAAUGCCACUGGCCGGGCCAGGCCGCCGCGCCUGCGGUGGGAGCGGGACCCCCGGCGGGGAGGGGACAGGGCCGCGCCGGGACCCUGGCCCUGGUGCCCUGCGGACUGAGCGGGCUCCAACCCCCCGGGACAGCGGCUUCCCGAGGUCUCCAUCGUUCGUGUGAUCAUAACCGCAGUGUUCCCAUAGCUGUGUGUCCAUGGAAAUGCUGGCGAUAG